AUGGCCUCUUUGUAUAGACACACAUCCUACGGCAGUCAAGAAAAUACUGCCAACAACAGCCAAAACAACAACAACAACAACAACAACAACAACAGCAACAGCAACAGCAACAGCAACUCCACCGCCUUUUCCACAGGGAACAGCAUGGCGGACAUGAACCAGAACUACCACAACUACCCAAACAUGAACAUGCCUCCUGCGCCCCUUCCCAACAUGAACAUGAAUAUGAGCAUGUCAAAAGUGCCUAGCAUGGGUGGCAUGAACAGCAUGAAUAGCAUGAACAGUAUGAACAAUAGAAGCAUGGGCGUCAUGGGCGUCCCAAUGGGAUACAGCAACCAGGGUUACCCUGUAUCGGGCGGCAUGAACCUUGGCACCGGCGUCGGCGUCGGAGUCGGGAUACCUGUGUCAGCAGCCAACUACACACGCCAGCACUUCCCUCCUUCGAAUAACGUUGGACUUGCCAGUCAGUUGAGCUACGGCGAGAAGGAUGGCUUCGAUUCACGUAUUCCCAGCGGAGGCAUAACCUCGAACACGCAGACCAAGUCUCCGCUGUCGCCACAGCUUUACCAACAGAACAAUACCAACCGCUCCAGUGGCUACAACAGCAACGGCAUCACAAUCGGUGUCAGCAAGGGGAGUGUGGCGUAUCCGCCAACUCCUCAGACACUCCAUUCACAGCAAGGACAAUACCCAUUAACGCCGCCAGCGUACGAUAACCAAAUAGGCGGUGCCGGUGUGAACUACCGUGAGACGAGCCGGCUGCGAGGGCUCGCCGACGAGGACAGCGAGGGGUACGGAGACCACGUUAGCGGGAGCAGCAACACCGGCGACGAGAGUCGGGAACUAUACUACGAGAUGAGCUCGAAGACAUAUGUCCCCAAGACCCGGGAGGAGGGCCGCGAGGGCCUACGGACGGGGGCACUCGUGAAGGUGGACGCUGAGCACGAGAACGGUGACAGCAGCGGCAGCCGCAAGAAGAAGCUCACGGGCAGCGGUAACGAAAGCGACGACGACGACGACUCUGACGGCAGAGACGACGAGAGCAGGAACCCAGAAAAGAGGGAGGCGAGCGGCAACCGCAGCCGCAACAAGCGAUCUCGAGGCGGCUGUUUGACCUGUCGCCAGAGAAAGAAGCGGUGCUGCGAGUCCAAGCCUGUGUGUUCGGAGUGCAGGCGGUUGAACAUCAAGUGCAGAUGGCCUGUGCCAGGCAGCGAGCGCAAGAACAAAUCGAAGAACCAGCCCCACAUGUCGCACGACGAGGUGUACCACGAGGUGUACGGCGUGAUCAAGGUGCUACGAGGGGUUGUCGACUACAAGAUCGAGCCAUGA